UAGACUGCUGCCCCCGCGACCCGGUCCCGGAUAAGCGGAGGAAAAUGGAUGGAUGGAUGGAUAAAACUCAAUCUCCCGAAACUACUUUCGUCACUCGACACCUCCCCUUUUACUCCUGCUAAGUAAUAGCCGUAGCAGCAGGUUGUCAGCUUAUCCUGGAGGAUCUGUGGGAUGCUGGUGGUGAACACACCCUUUGCAUUUCGUUGUUUUUUUACGUCAGCUUCGAGCAAAGAGCUGACGAAUAUCAAAACCACCAAAAAUGUGGCGUAGCACCGGUUGACCACAUCUGUGUGAGGUAACUGUGAUGGCAUGGUCAAAGAUGUCUCUGCUGCUGGCUGUAGUGGCGGUCCUCUCAGUGCUGCUGACAGGUUCAGCCCAUGCUGGGCCUGAGAUGGAUCCAUACAAAAUCUUAGGACUAGCCAGGAGUGCAAGCCAGGCAGAAAUCAAGAAGGUCUAUAAGCGUCUUGCAAAAGAAUGGCAUCCUGACAAAAACAAAAAUCCAGAUGCUGAAGACAUGUUUAUCAAGAUUACCAAGUCCUAUGAGAUCCUGUCUAAUGAAGACAAACGUGCCAAUUAUGAUCGUUAUGGGCAGACUGAUGACACCCAGCCAUAUGGCAGUGGUCGCUACAGGCAUCACCAUGACAGCUUUUACUUUGACGAGUCCUUUAAUUUUCCCUUCAACAGCAAGAACCACAGAGACUUUACUGACAGCAAGUACACAUUGCACUUUAACCAGUAUGUCAACGACGUGGUGCCCGACAGCUAUAAGAGACCAUACCUGAUAAAGAUCACCUCUGACUGGUGCUUCAGCUGCAUCCACAUUGAGCCUAUCUGGAAAGAGGUGGUCGAGGAGAUGGAGGCUUUAGGUGUUGGUAUUGGUGUGGUGGAUGUUGGCUAUGAGAGACGGUUAGCGAAUCACCUCGGUGCUCAUCGUACUCCAUCAAUACUUGGAGUCAUCAAUGGCAAAGUGACGUUUUUUCAUUAUGUUGUAGCAAAGGAGCACCUGAAGCAGUUUGUAGAAGACCUUCUGCCUCAGAGACUCGUGGAGCAGGUCACUGAAAAGAAUGACCUGCAGUUCUUGAACAGCUGGCAUGAGCUCAACAAGCCGCAUGUGCUUCUGUUCGAUCAAGUGCCCGUAGUUCCUCUACUUUACAAAUUGACAGCUUUUGCUUAUAAGGACUACUUGCAGUUUGGCUAUGUGGACCAGGGUCUUUCAGAGACUGCCAAUUUGCAGAAACAAUUCAAUAUUAACACUUAUGCUCCAACUAUGCUGGUCUUCAAAGAGAACGCUGGCAAGCCUGCUGACAUUAUACAGGCUAAAGGAAUGAAAAAGCAAAUUAUUGAUGAGUUCAUGUCAAACAACAAAUUUCUCCUUGCACCACGACUGGUCAACCAGAAGCUCUUUGAUGAGCUCUGUCCUGUCAAACAGUUCCAUAGACGCAGGAAAUACUGUGUCCUGCUAAUCACAGGUGAUGAAGAAACCUUUUCUUUUGGGAACCAGGAGUUUCUCUCAUUUGCCUCCACCAAUACCAAGGAAGUUGUGAGAUUUGCCUAUGUGUACCAACGGUUACAACAACCACUUUGUGAUAUCCUCAUGCAGAAGAAGGACAGUGCACAGUCACAACCACAGGUUGUGAUCCUGGAGAGGCGCAAUGCUGCAGGAAAGGCCUUGUUUAAGCCAGUGACUGCCUGGAAUGGCAGUGAAGAGGACAAGCAACGUCUUGUGGAGGAGCUGGAGCGACUUCAGAAGGACCCGUCCAUCCUCAUCCAUGACGCCAUGCUGCCUGAGCUCAAUAAUGAGUUUGCCUCUAUGUUUGUAAUCCGAUGGAUUUAUGCGUCUUAUGAUUACCUCUCUGACGUUAUUGAUGAUAUUCUGCAUAACAACUGGCGGGAGAUGAUGCCACUUCUGUCCCUUAUCUUCUCUGCCUUGUUCAUCUUGUUUGGAACUGUGGUCAUUCAGGCCUUCAGUGACUCUAGUGAAGAUAAACAGACCAAACCAAAGGCCAAAGAUGGCACAAAAGCAGAAAAUGGGUCACCUGGGAGCAGUAAUUCAAGUCGACCUCCCAAGAAGAAUUUUGUGGAGGUGACUGAACUGACAGAUAUCACUUACAUGAGCAACCUGGUGAAACUGAGGCCCGGACACAUGAACAUAGUGCUGGUGCUCACCGACGCCUCAAAGAACAUUCUCCUUAGCAAGUUUGCCAAAGAGGUCUACUCUUUCACAGGGAGCCUCACACUACAUUUCUCCUUCCUGAAUAUUGACAAGCACAGCCAGUGGAUGAACACACUGCUGGAAUACGCCCAGGACGCCAUGCAGAAUGAUGCAGAUGACGAUGACUGGGGAUCCCACAAGAUAGACUACACUGGCUAUGUGCUGGCGCUUAAUGGACACAAAAAAUACCUUUGUCUGUUUAAGCCUGUCUACACUGGUGAAGACCUUGACGGCAAGUCAUCUGAGGAUGAAGGGGGCACUUCAGGGGGGAGGUCGAAGUCAGGUUCCCGUGAUGACCACCCAACGCGCAAGCCCAACCGAUCUCGCAGCAUAUCCACCCUGCAGAUCCACCACAAACUAGACCGCCUGGGCUUGUGGAUGGAAAGGCUCAUGGAAGGCACUUUGCCUCGAUACUACAUUCCCACCUGGCCAGGACUAGAGAAGAUCACACCAAGUAAAUAGCUCAUGGUGACUUAGGAAGGACUUGCUACUUAUCUGCCAUCACAGAAGAAAUGGUUCCCCUUGUGCUCUGCUGACGUUAGGCUAGACCUGAUAUGUUUGCACUUGAGAUAUUUAAUGGUUAAAGAUGUUUGAAGUUGGGUCAAUAUAGCAAACUUGGCAUUAGUGCAGCUACUGUGGGCCAGGUCCUUUAGAGUACCACUUUUUAAACUCAUUGCAUGCUGUUCUUAGGUGUCGGUAGUUUUAUUUUAUUUAGGCAAAUGCUGCUGCCACAACCUUGUGAGCAGGAAACAUAAUCACUGUGGCCAUGUGUAUUCUGCUGCCUCCAUGACCACCAUCCACUAAAGGGGGCAGAUUAGUGUUCAUUGAUAAAUACUGUGAAUAGAGAUGCAUGUCUCUAGCACUAAAUAUCUGCCUUUUUUGCAUCUCAGCCCAGUUUUCUUUAAAGAUUUCCUGAAUGCUGAUUUGCUUGUGCAAUAUACCAUUCUGCUGUAACAUUGCCUUUUACUUUUCUCUCAAGGGUUCUUCCUGGUUCUGUAAUUGCAGAAACAGAAAAUAUCUUUUUUGUUACAUGAAAACUAUUGGGGCCAUUUAAAAACAUUCACUGCAAUUAUUUAGAAGAGUUGGUCUGUUUAACCUUAGUUAACCAGUAGCUUUAUGUAGCCAACAUAAAACAUGUUCAUUUAAUUUGUAAAUGUUUUCCAAAUGGCCACAACUGACUUAUGUAGACAAACACAUGAAAAUAAAAUGUGCUUGCUUGGUCUAUUAAUAUGGUUUGACCACAUUAAAUGUAAAAAUCCCAGUAUAGAUUUGUUGGUACUAUGUGAUGUAAAUGCUGUACAUAACCAUGUUAUCUAUCGGACCUGUAUUUUUAAAGAGUAACUUCAAAGAUGAAUGUUUUACAUGGGUUCAUCAAUUUAUUAAAAGCGUUUUGUUUUUUCCAUUUACUUUUUUAGUAAAAAUGACCCGUCAGAUGUUUCAUUUGGUCUCACCUAU